AUGGCCUAUGGCAACUUGGAUUUGGUGGUCAACCAAGUCAUGAAAGAAUGGGAUAUCCGCAGCCCGGCGAUGACUGGCUAUUGCAACACCGUCAGAAAACUGCAGAAACACUUUGAAGGGUUGGAACUCCGUGACAUGCCAUGCCUCAAGAACCAAGCAGCUGAUGAUCUGGCCAAGAUGGGUUCAACCCAGAAGCCAAUACCCAAGAAUGUGUUCCUAGAACACCUACACUCACCCACAAUCAAGGAAGAUCCUUUUGUGGAGGAGCCCCCGCAACCCGAACUCCCAGAAGAUGAGGAUGCAGCUCGCAAGAUCGUCCGUCCAUCCAAGGCCUUCACCGUCAUGGGAGACCAACUAUACAAGAAAAAUACGACCGCAGUCACUCAGCGAUGCAUAUCCCCGGAGGAAGGGCAACAAAUUUUGCAAGAAAUUCACUCGAAAACCUGUGGACACCAUGCAUCCUCUCAGACCCUGGUCGCCAAAGCAUUCAGGGCCGCGUUCUAUUGGCCUUGA